GCGUAUAGCGGCACGUGAAUUAUGGAGAACUUCAACUUCAGUAAUCUCGACAUCGUGCAGUUAGGCAGUGCCGAUAUGUUCUUUAAAAUGGUGUUACAUGUUCAAUCGGAUCAGCGAAUGGCGUCACCUUAUCGCGCAAGCGGCUUUAGCAGGGCUAGAAAAAAAAGAGAACGCUUCGGCACAUGCACGGCUAUCACGAAACGCUAAUUAAUUGCGGUGCAAGCCCACCAGGUUCGAGACUGCUUUGCAUUUUGCGUGCAGGCCCUCGUAAAACUACAUGCCUGUCAGCCCCGGCGAAUUUCAAGAUGAUUUAUCGUCCUUGCAAAACUAAGUUUUUCGCGGUACUUCGUGGCUUCUCGGCGGCUCCGAAAGGCACGGCCGACGCUUUCGACAUGCAACUGUGGCCGCUGUGGGCACGAUCCGUAAAGUUGACGUCGCUGAUCGACUGCUAUUUUAUAUCCUCACCAUCUAGCCGGACUGACUUUGAAAUAUGUUUCCCUCAAAUCUUUCGAUGUGGAAUUUUUGGUCGGCACGUUUCACGGUGACCCGCAUACGCUAUAAUUGCGGGGAAAUUAAGUGCCGGCUUUUACGUGACGGCGUUUAAUACGUACGGCUGAACCUGUAUUGUCACGCGAAUAAUCAUGCACACGGAAAGUCAUGUUGUACAUCAAUCUUUUUGUAAUUUUGUCAAAUUAUAACAAGAAUGAGAAAACUAUAUCGAUAUUGAAGCAAAGUCCAUAAGCUUCUCUUUAACACAUUAAUAUUAAUAUAAUUAUAAUCUAAGACGUGCCUAAACUUCAGAAUGUAAAAUAAUUAUCUACAUAAUUGAAUCUUUAUCUAUCUAAAAAUUUGUACAUCUUUUUAUGCUAAAUUAUGUCAAAAAAAUGUUGGUUUAUUUUCAGAAAAAUACACUCAGUAUUUUCAAAAUUGGUAAUUAGGAAUUUUACAAAUGAUGUUUCUUGUUACACCAAAUACUUUGUACUUUUAGGAAAUCUGUACAAUUCAAAACAUUUAAGAAAAAUAUUAACAUAUGAAUAUAACAUAUGCUGUUUUAUAUAAAGUCUUUUCCUUGGAAUCUAUCUAAAAUUUGGAAUGUUAGAAACGGCUAUUCUCAAAUAUGCUAUUCUACAACGUUAUUUUCGUAUAUAAUGCCAUUCAAAUCUGGCUGUCCGACAAUUCGAUAUGCUUUGGUUACUACACUGUGUGUGCAUGAUGCGCAGCCACGUUUCCCUUUUCAACAUGCAAAUACUCGUACAUUGUGAGACAGACGUUUACGUUCAACGGCGGUAACAUAAAGUGGGGUAAGGGUAAGAUUUCACAACGAGCCCUAGUAAGAGUGAUUUACACCUCGGAAAAACUCCGCGACGUUUACGAUAGCUACUCACGAAUUAUUUAUAGCAUCUGGCCAUGGCAGGGUGAAUUUCACGACAUGUAUUUUUCUUCGUUUUCCUGAAGAGAUCGUCGAGGUCGUGACGAAGUAGAUAUCGUUAAAUGUUUCCAUUGAAACAUUCGGCGAUAUCAAUUAAAUUAAAUGUAUAAUGGAAAACGUAAGCAAACAGUAGUGAAUUGCUACUUUUUAUGUUUUUUUUUAAUUUUACGAUUCAAUUAGUUAUAUACUAUAAGUAUAAGCUUAUACACAAGUUGAAAUGUUUCAUACACUUUUAAUGUAAAUGUAGACAUGGUAUAAAUAUUUUCAUUUUUAAAAGUAGUGUGUAGAAAAAGUAAUUACAGUAAAAGGAGAGAACAAAAUUUAUACGAUACAUUAAAAAUUGUAUUUACGUUAAAACACGAGUUGAUAAUUUUAUUUAAAAUAUUUCAAGGAAAUUUUCGCAGAAAUGUUGUUGAUUGUUUAUUGAAAUAUAAAUACAUUACUUCAUUAAACAGUUUUUGUUUUAUUUAAAAUAUAGGCGGUUUAGAAUUUACCGCUUAUUCUUCACUUUGGCAGGCUAUUUGGCAGUCUGCAAGAUUCACGCACGCGCUAAGAGCUUGCAAUUCCAUUAUUAGGAGACUUUAGACCUUCUAUGCUCUAGUUGGCAUGCAUUUAAGUAAAAUUAGUCGAUUCUAACGUGUAAGUAAGUGCAAGAAGCUGGUGUGUUUAACGGUGCGUCGCGGUGUGAAUUUUAAGCGUCGAUAUGCCACAUAAUACGCCUAAAACUUUAUAUGUGGGCAACUUGGACCAUGCUGUGUCGGAAGAUUUAUUGUGUGCUCUGUUUUCGCAUAUUGGAAGCGUUAGAAGUUGCAAGAUCAUCAGAGAGAUUCCGAUUCCGCUCGUUCUGUAUGCACAUCCGAUUAAGGAUCUGACCCACAACCGUCGGAUAAGAACUGCGCAACGUGACACGCAACGGCAUCGGUGUAUUCAGCGUCACCAAAUAGCGCGCAUGACUUUCGAGAUUUAUAUUUGUCAUGAAAUCUUAUACGUUGAAGGAUCUGUCAAAUUGACAUUUACAGAGAAAGUUCCCCUUGGGACAUAUUUAACGUGAAUGGCGCCAGUAACAAUUCGCAGAGUUACAGUUCCGCUGCAGCGGUUACUUAUUACAUGAUGUAUAUUACGUCGGCAUACCAGGCGUCGAAGAUGAUGGACAGUUAAAGACCAUUAACGUAGUAAUCGCGAUAAUUUCUCUGCGAAGGAAUGUAUGCCUAAGUGAGAGUAAUAUUUACCGUUUUUUAAUUUUUUUUCCUUACCUGCUUUCAGCGGAACUAAAAUUUUAACUAGAAGAGAAUAAAUUUGCGUAAUAAUAUAUCUUUUUAAGUGUUUUUUUAUUUAGUUACAAGAGAAUUAUAAAAAGUUGUGUAAUGUAUAAUAUUAGUAUUAAUUAUAAUCUUAAUUUGAAAAUAUUACCUACUUUUAUUUUUAUAAAGUUAGACAAAAGAUUAUAUCAGAAUUUUGGACAAAGUAUUCCUGAAUGUUUAAAUUAAAAUACAAAUUGAAUACAUCCAAACAGGGCAUUUUUUUUAUUUACACAAAACUAAAACUCAUCUAUUUUUUGCGACACUUGAUUGCUAAGAUUUCGAAGAGAAUAAUGAGCGCGAUUCUAGUAGGUAUUAUUGCUAGGAACGACGAUUUUCGUGAUACCUGUAAUCAGAAGAAUGAGGUCUGAUAGGUGGAAGCAAAGUUACAGUGAAACCUGAUUACAGACUCGUUUUCAACAAGCAGCAGCAUGAGUUCUAUUAUUGGUUAACAGCACGAGAAACGAACGAUUCGUGCAUUCGUCAGUUGCUACUAUGAUGCGUAAAAUAAACAAAUAGGUCUUUCACAUGCAUUGACGAAUUUGCUAUAGUUCAAUUCCCCUGCAGUGCCCUACUUUGUCGUAUAUGUAGCUCGAAUGACUAUUUUAGUAAUUAUUACUAUGAUUUUAAAUGCAUAAUUAAAUUAAUUUGUCGUUAUUUAAAGGAGCAGCUAACAAAAAAUUAUAUAAGCUAACAUUAAAACUAAAUUGAUAUUCUGUCAACCAAAAAAAGAUACGUUUGAACUUUUAAAAUUCUAUAGACAUUUAAUCGCGCGAUUUUAUCACACAACAUUAAAAAUAACUGUCCAAUGUAAUACAUUUAAAGUUAUGCAAACCUUUUUAUAUUGCAAAAUUACAUAAAAAUUAAUAAAUUAUUUUUUGUCAAUAUCAACAAAAAUCAAAAUCAUCAAUGCUUCACUAU